AUGGCGUUGGUCUUGGAAGACCUUGUAGAUUUGUCGCGUUGUCGGGACAACCCGUGGUAUGCCAAUAUUCGCAUUAACGAGGAUGUGCUCGAUCUGCUCCAUGUACCCGACUUCCACCCGUGCCUUCAGAGAGUUUCAAUAGUAGCUGAGAAGUCUCCUAACCGUUACAGCUCCGUGGAAAUAGCAGCGGAUGGCCGGCAAGUCAACGAUUUCAUCCGUCGCCACUUGGGCCAUGUAUAUGUUCUGUCGCUCUUUGACGUUGCUAUCAUCUCGGGGGAUUUGCGACAAGCCCAUGCGCUCUAUAGCAUUGGUGUUCAGCAACGCUGCGAUUUCGAUACCUUCCUGUUUUUCAACCACGUGACUGGAACCGCAGAUAGCAGAACCGCGAAGGCGUUGAGCACAGCGAAAGCUGCAUUCAUACCUCUGUACAACCGCUUGCGAGCACAGGUGGAGGUGCUGGGCCGUGCCUUAGCCGGCAAAGUGGACUCCGUUCCAGCUAUGCUUAUCGAGUCUGGAGUGAGUGCAUCGACGUUGAGAGCUGUGGGGAGCUAUCUUUUCGGCAUCUGUAGGAGGAGAACGCGAAACCGCUGUCAUUUCUACUUGCGGAUGGAUUGCCUCCGGCGCCUUUUGGCAGCCGGGGUUGACCUGCACUCGAUAGUCGUCAACCCACUUGAUGCCUUGUGGUAUGCAAUCUGCCGGUACAGAUAUUUCGAGAUUCGGCUUUUCAUGAAGGGAGUCUAUGCAGAUCUGAAGCAUGCGAUGAACCAGCGCCCGAUGACAUCAUGGAGAGACGGGCAGAAUUUGCUCGAAAUGUCCAUCCGGUGCGGACAGCUUGAUGCAACAAAGCUUCUGAUUCGCGCGCGCUGCGAGACAAGCUCGCUUGUUGCAAGUGACUUGGAAGGACCCCUCUUCCAUGACAUGCGCCAGACGGAAAACGGUGAUUUCUUUCCCGUCACCAUCAACCACAAUGUUGCCGCAGGUGAGGCAGCCCGUCUGGCAUACCACCUUUGCAGACAUAACCACCAGGUGGUCCUUGUUCAACUGACCGGUUGGUGGUCGCGCCAUUGUGGAUGUGUGCGAGUUCUCUGGAGCAGUGUGAUUGAUCACAUUGCUUCCUUUGCUCUUGCAGUGCCUCCCCUGCCUGAGAUUCUGAACCUCCCCCGCCCGCUGGGAACCCGAAAUGCAGCCCGGCGUGCGGCCCGCCGUCGUGCCAAAUGUUGCCAUGCCGCAGUCAACAAGGUUCUGCCCAAGUUCAAUCAUCCGGCCGCUGAGUCUGCGCAGCCUUCGAAGGUGAAAGUAUUUUCCACCCCGUGGCACGUUAUCAGGCUGAGGUUCGUCCUUGAAGCGGCGGCUAAAAUCGAGCAGAACGUGGGAGUCCAAGUAGACGACACCUACGUCGACUGCGACGCCGAUGACGACGACCACGAUUAUGUUAGGAGAGACCGGGAAAAGUGGCAAUCCGGCAGGCAAGCGCGCAGCCAGACAGAACAAGAAGCGCACCUGUAG